UAGAGCGCAAGCCGAUCUGCAAACUGGAUGGAGCUGACAGAAGUAGAUAGUUAGUGCUAUUACUAAGUGCUUUUUGACAGCUGAAUUCAGACUUGAGUUGGUUCGUGCUGGAUCUUUAUUGUCAGUCAACCCUCUGGAGGACCGUGUUGUUAUCCAUACGGAAAAGCGCUGGCAUGAGCUAACAUGGAAACCAAACCUUUCUUGUCUCUAGGGUACCUGAAAACCCCAUGCUCAGUAGCGCCGCCCUGUCUGCGGGGCCGGCCAGGCGAUGCUGGCAGCUCGCCCUAUGGCUGCUCCUGCUUCACGGGCGUAUGCCUGCUGCACCAGCGCAGGAUAACCACAGACUCAUCAGGCCAGCUGUCCUCCUCUCCUCUCAGCUCCCCGACGGGUCACCGGACCAUGGGCCCCCACCCGCUCCACCCAGCCCUGCUCACCCCUUCCUCCGUGGGCUCCACCCCAGGUCAGCUCCACUCACCCAUCAACGGCAUGGCCUCACCCUUCCCGGUGAUCAGCUCGCCCCUGGGCCACCACUCCAUGACCGGGCCCUCCUCCACCGGCACGGCCUUCGGGCCCAGCCUCAGCCCACAGCUAAGCUCCCCCAUGACUUCAGUCAGCAGCCCAGAAGACAUUAAGCCUCCUCUGGGUCUGAAUGGGGUGCUGAAGGUUCCCGCUCAACCCAUGGGAACCUCACUGUCUCUCACCAAACACAUCUGCACCAUCUGUGGAGACCGGUCCUCAGGUAAACACUACGGCGUGUACAGCUGCGAGGGCUGCAAAGGCUUCUUCAAGCGCACCGUGCGCAAGGACCUGACCUACACCUGCCGGGACAACAAAGAUUGUCCCAUCGACAAGCGCCAGCGCAACCGCUGCCAGUACUGCCGCUACCAGAAGUGCCUGGCCAUGGGCAUGAAGAGAGAAGCUGUGCAGGAGGAGCGGCAGCGUGCAAAAGAAAAGAGCGAAGCUGAACUGGAGCUGGCCGGCUGUUCCAGUGAGGACAUGCCAGUGGAGAAGAUUCUGGAAGCAGAGCUGGCAGUGGAACCCAAGACUGAAGCCUGUGUGGAGGGUAGCCUUAGCUCUCCGGGCAGCUCUCCCAACGAUCCUGUCACGAACAUCUGCCAGGCGGCGGAUAAGCAGCUCUUCACGUUAGUGGAGUGGGCCAAAAGGAUCCCGCAUUUUUCUGACCUGCCUCUAGACGACCAGGUCAUCCUCCUUCGAGCAGGGUGGAAUGAGCUCCUAAUAGCUUCCUUUUCACACCGCUCCAUAAGUGUGAAAGAUGGUAUAUUGUUGGCGACGGGCCUUCAUGUCCACAGAAACAGUGCGCAUAGCGCGGGCGUGGGGGCCAUCUUCGACAGAGUGCUGACGGAGUUGGUGUCUAAGAUGCGAGACAUGCAGAUGGACAAGUCUGAGCUUGGUUGUCUGCGAGCAAUUGUUCUUUUCAACCCAGACUCGAAGGGCCUGUCCAACCCAGUCGAAGUGGAGGCACUUCGGGAGCGAGUGUAUGCGUCACUGGAGGCCUACUGUAAACAGAAAUACCCGGAUCAGCCUGGAAGAUUUGCCAAACUGUUACUUCGACUGCCUGCACUGCGAUCCAUUGGCCUGAAGUGUCUGGAGCACCUCUUUUUCUUCAAGCUCAUCGGAGACACGCCCAUCGACACUUUCUUAAUGGAGAUGUUGGAGGCGCCGCACCAAAUGACAUAAUGGAAUGGUGCCUCACUGAAACUCUUUCAUAGAGACUCAUGUGAUGUCCUACGCACAGAUCACCUCAAGAGGCCAUGAUUGGAUGCAUCUCCACAAAGCCUGAUCCGUGUAGUCUGAAAAACACCUUUGCUCACAGUCGAAGAGGUGUGUCAACUAUGAGCAGUUUUGAUUUGGUGUUUUACCUUUGGAAUUUCUAAAUCAAAGUAAUUACAUUGAGACCAUUCACUAUGGAAUAAUUUAUAGGAAGGAUGUCUUAAGAAAGUCAUCAGUGGUAUGCGUGAAGCUAUGCUGGGGAGGUUAACACGAUGUUGGUUCUAUGGAUUUUAGCUGAAAAGCACGCUUAAGGUCGAAUGGUUUCUUGUUUGUUCUGCCUCACAGAGGCCUACCUCUGCAUUCCGGUCUUUUCCACAAAGGCCAUAUCCAGCCAGUUUCUUCUCUGUACACAUCCAUGUCAGUGCGAGCGUGUUGAUUGGACAAAAGGAUGCACAAUUCUACGAUACCUGCAAUACCUCUUAUAUGUCUAUCAGUACCACAAGACUCCAUGACACCUCAUCACUGCCUUUCUGUUAUGGACAGUACAGUAUGUACAUAAUAUUCAGUGUUAGUUGUAUGCAAUUUGCAAAUGUUGAAUUCAGUGUCUGGAAUUCAUAAAUGUGAGUAAGAUAUGAAAAAGAUACACAAAUGAAUUGUUGUAUUUUCAGCACUUACAGCUUUUAUUUUAUUUCAAUUUUUUCUGUCAAACAGUGUUGACAUUAGGAAGGCUGCCAGAAGUCAAUCCCCAAAAGCCGGAAACUGCAGUGUUGUUUGGCUGUGGUAGAAAGUACUUUUCUUUUUGGCAGAGUUAUAUGAAUGACAGAACAGUCUAGCAAAAAUGAAAUGCAGGUGUGCUCCUGGCCUGACUCAAGAUUUAUGAUAGAAAAAAACAAUGCUUUCUUGUUAGAGGUGUGUAAAAUAGAUGAUGUUCAACUUCUUAAUUGUUCUGCCUCUAUAAUUCCAUCUCAAUUAGUUAUCGAGCAUUUCCAAAGAUUUUCGAUGGCGUUUGUAUAUCAUCUGAUGAUUCCCAGCAAUGAAUUUAUGUGAUAUGAAAAUAUGCAAUUAGUUAAAAGAAUCCAGAUGAUGGUCUGGCCUCAGGGAUAUGUAAGAUUUAGUUUAGUCUGUCCCCUAGUGUUUGAGAAGUGACAGUACAGCUCUGACAGUUGAGCAUUGGGUCAUUUGGAAGCAGAAAUGCUUCUGGCAUAAAUCAGCCGUUUGGUGAUAGCAUUCAAAUUUGGCAACCACUACAAAAUAACCGUUUUCAGACCUCAGGCCGAAGCAAUGGUUUAAAAUAUGGUAAACAUAUUUUUAGUAAUGGUGGUUUUAUUGUGCAAUGACUUUUGUGUAUUACUAUAAGGAACAAAUUAAAACAAUAAAUAUUUGUAAUGUUUGCUGACAGCCACUCUGUAAGCAAACCUCUUACAGAAAAAUGCAGACUGAGCCAAGCUGAACUAAACAGUGUUCUUAUGACAACAGUGAUGACAGUGAAGUUGAAUUCAGAAUCAUUAUUCUAAAACAUAUUUACUAGAGACGGUGCAGAGGCUAAAUAGACACCUGUCUUUUUAGACUUAUUUGUCAUGUAUUUAUCAAUGAAAGCAGAAGCUACCACUCAGGCUAAUAUACAGAUAAAUGGUGUAGAUACAUUGUUUUCACAUACAUUGACACACAGCUGAUAAUGUAUGACAAGAUCAUUCUUUCAUUGGCCAUGGUGAUUUUUUGUAACCUAUUUUUUUGUUUGUUUGUGGUUUUUUUUCUGUCUCAAGUCUCACCCAAAGCCCAUAUAGCACAAUUCUGCAAAUGUUUCUUAAAACUAUUACUGGGUUUUAAACUAAAUGACACCAGCAUAAAUAGAUAUGAAGAACAAAAUAUCUCUUCUCACAUGCAAUGGGGCAAGAGUCCAAACUAAGAAACUAAAGAUCUGAAGUUAAAGUAAUCCUGUGUGUUGGUAGAGCACCUUACAGGACCUUACAAGUCAAACAGGGUUUGUUCAGAGAAGCCUGGAGCAGCUGCUCAGCAUCCUGGUAGUCGAUCGCCGUGAAAACCCAGGUGAUUGCAUUAGCAAAAAUGAGAAAACGAUGGAAUAAAAUUAUAUAUCUAUUUUUGUACAAAUGUAACUUUAUCCUUUUAUUCCAGCGCAAUUAUUUCUUUAAUCCCGUUAAAUGUUUCAUACAUUAUUGGUGGAAAUGUUGAGUUUUAAAAUGCCCUCAUCAUCAUGCCCUCAGAACUGGACUAAAAGUGAGGCUGCCAUUAAAACACUUUCCCUUGUUCUUUUUUUUUAUUGUUUCAUUGGGCUUUGCCUGGAAAUGGCAGAAAAUCCUUUUUUAUACACUUGUAAAAUGAGAGUGGAUUAAAUGUGUUGUCCUAUCAUACAAUGUUUAUUGUUCAAAGAACUAUUAAAUUCUCAAUUCCAAACACCAUGUUGUCAUUAGAAUACUAGAGAAAGACUGGUUCUAAACAAAGACAACAAAAAAAAAAAAAUCUUCAUAUAAA